GGAAUAUUAAGGAAUUUUGGUUCAGUAGUGGGGAUCUAAAACUAUGACAGAAGCAUAAACCCCUUUUUGCAUGCGCUGAUUAAUUAAUCAAUCGCCUUCUUUUAUUCUUUAAUUCAAUCUGUGCAUCGAAGUGAGACGAAGCAAAAGUACUCUCCCGGCGAGAGAAGAUACAUCGGAAGAAAGUCAUGGUUGGACCGGGAAGACCUCAAAUCGUGCUUUUCGGUUCUUCAAUUGUUCAAUAUAGCUUCGGCGAAGGUGGUUGGGGAGCCACACUCGCUGACAUCUACUCUCGCACGGCUGACAUAAUCCUUCGUGGAUAUGCUGGUUGGAAUUCCAGAUUUGCCUUGAAAGUUCUUGACCAAGUGUUCCCAAAGAAUGCUAUAAUACAACCUUCUUUGGUGAUAGUCUAUUUCGGUGGGAACGAUUCAAUGGAUCCUCAUCCAUCAGGCCACGGAGCUCAUGUUCCUCUAUCUGAAUUCACCGAUAACAUGAGGAAAAUUGGGGAGCAUCUUAUGAGCCUUUCGAACAAGACCCGUGUCAUUUUUCUCAGUCCGCCACCAAUGAAUGAGAGACAAAUAGAAGUGUUUUUUGGAGAUGUAAUGAGAGGCCGGAGCAACGAGCUGUCCCGUCCGUAUGUAGAAGCGGUGUUAAAUCUUUGCCAUGAGAUCGAUGUGAAAGGUAUUGAUAUUUGGACUGCAUUACAGCAGCAAGAUGAUUGGUUAAACACCUGCUUCACAGAUGGGAUCCAUUUCACAGCUAAGGCAAGUGAGAUUGUCGUGAAGGAGAUAUUGAAGGUAGUGAGGGAAGCAGAUUGGAAACCGAGUCUUCACUGGAAGUCAUUGCCGAUUGAGUUUCCAUUUGAUUAUGGUAUACCAAACUCCAUGAGUCUUAGUGACGUAGAGUUAACCAGGAACAAGCAGUUGGAGCCACCACCUGGUACGGCUCGAUUGUAAAACGACUGAGUAUUUAGAGAACAUUCUAUUGCAUUUGACAUUCUUGAUGGUGUACCAGUUCUACCCUUUGUUUUGCAUCUGGAUAUUCUUAUUGCUAAUUUAAAGUUUUAUGAGAAGCUCUUGUUUUGUAUUCA